AAUCAUCGAGCGCCUUCAUUGCUGGCGACAUUCUCUACAGUUCAUGAGCUGAAGUCAGUUCCUCUGCGAUCCUCGUAAUGGACUCUCAGAAAGAUGCCUUACAGAGGAUAAUUGCCACAUUAGCAAACAAAAAUGAAGAACUCCAGAAUUUCAUUGAAACGCUGAAUCACACUUUGGGUCGAGUUCAGGUCAACUCCACACAGGUGGUGUCGGAUUUAGAGGAGGAAUUUGACACGCUUUACUCCAUCCUGGAUGAGAUGAAGGAGAGUAUGACAAACACCAUCAAACAGGAAACAGUCCGCAAAUCACAUGAGCUUCAGAACCAGCAGACCCAAAGCACCAGUGCAUUAGAGAGUGCAGAGGAACUUUUGGAGUUUGCUAAUAAUGCGCUGCACAUUACAGAUGAGGGGGAAUUCACAAAGCAUCGAAGACUUUUGGACAUCAAGGGUAAUAUAUGUGAAUCAAAGUCCUACUUGCCCGUUUCUGAUCUUCUGCACAUAGUGCCAAGAGCUCCAGAGAUAGUGCUCGAGGACUGUCUGGUCAUAGAUAAUGAGGUGACCGUAACCUGGAGAAUACCGGUGGAGGACAGCAAGAUUGACCAUUACAUCUUAGAGUACAGAAAAACCAACCACGAGGGUCUGCCGCGUGUGAAGGACGAGCAGUGCUGGGAAGUGGUGGACAACAUCAAGACCAGUGAAUACACCCUACAAGGGUUAAGAUUUGACACCAAGUUCAUGAACUUCCGGGUAAGAGCAUGUAACAAAGCAGCCGCGGGGGAUUAUUCGGAUCCGGUCACUUUGGAAACUAGAGCGUUUAACUUCGGCUUUGACUCCACGUCAUCUCAUCUGAAUCUGAAGGUGGAGGACAGGAGCGUGGAAUGGGAUCCUCAGGGAGGAAAAGGAGUAGACAGCAAAGUCAAAGGGAAGGAGAACAAGGGCAGCAGUGCACAUUUCACCAAUCUGAAGAAUAUGUCAAGAAGUGGAACUCCAUCUCCUAAAAGAACAUCAGUGACGCGCUCACCCGCCCCGAGAGGAGCCAGGGAUCGCUUCACUGGAGAGUCCUACACAGUACUGGGUGACACCAGUAUAGAGUCUGGCCAGCAUUACUGGGAAGUGAAGCCUCAGAAAGACUGUAAGUCCUACAGUGUUGGUUUGGCCUACAGAAACCUUGGGAAAUUUGACCAGUUGGGGAAGACCAACACCACCUGGUGUAUCCAUGUCAACAACUGGCUGCAGAACUCAUUUGCAGCCAAACACAACAACAAGGCAAAGAAUCUGGACGUCCCCGUACCAGACAGCAUUGGGGUCUACUGUGACUUUGAUCGGGGCCAACUUUCCUUCUAUAAUGCUGAAAACAAACAAUUGCUUCAUACUUUUAAAGUGAGGUUCACCCAACCUGUUGUGCCAGCUUUCAUGGUGUGGUGUGGCGGUCUGACUCUGUCUACAGGCCUGCAGAUACCCAGUGCAGUAAGAAGCUUACAAAAGACAGAAAAUGGGCUGGGAGGAUCGAACAGCAGUAUAUCUCCGCAGGAUCCCUCAGUAGCCUGUGAUAUCUGCUUCUACGAUAAACUGCCUUCAGUAGACAGCUCCCUAAUGCCGUGACCCGAUUUCUCAAAACACCUGAAAAACUAAUCAGGAAACCAUUCUGAAAACUGGACACGCUUCCGAUGACCGAGGCAUGUAGACUGAAAGAGAUCAUCGCCGCAGCUUUGACUGGCAGAAUUUGGAGAGUCGUUUCCCUUCAUGUUCCUAUAAAGAGAGGCCUCGUUCUCUUUGACAGACACUUGCUUUCAUCAGGAGAUGUUUGCAUAAGGAAAGCUAGUCGCUUUAUCAGGGAAUAGUUGAGUGCACUUUCUUUACUGAUUUUAGUUUGAAUGAUGACAUGCUUUUUUGAGUUGUUUGUCCUUCACUAGUUGAUUCUCAUAUUGUUUUACUUUCGUUCCUUGUAAUGUGUGUUAAAUCCUUUCUAUGGUAUUUUCUUUUUUACAUUAACUGUACUCUUACUGAUAUUGAACUCUGUAGAGCAUCCUUCAGCUGUUGAUUUUGAAACAGGAAAACUUUGCACAAGUGUAAAAAUGAUAAAAGCUGCUCUCAAUGUCCCCUCAUUGUCAUAAACUGUUAUUAUAUCUGGAUAAUUUUGGAUGUAGACUGUACAUUUUUGUUGUAUAAAUGUGUCAUCCUCCUUUUAAGUCAUUUUAGGUCUAAUUUUUUUGAAUAAAUUAAGAGUUUGUCAUGCAUUUGUGCAGAAACUAAUAAUCAAACCUCAGUCUGUUUCUAUGUAACAAUCCUUAAUGAGCUUAAAUCCAAACAUUAAAGCUCACCCAAAGACUUCUGUUUGACUCGAUGUUGACUUGUUCUGCCUCUGGCACCAUCUGGUGUUGUAAUCCCCAAACAGCAUUAAAGUGGAGGCAAAUGAAUUAACAAAA